CUGACUGCUGCUAAUCCUGCCAGCUGAAGUUCGAAGAAAAAAUAGGUAUAAUUGAACGUUUCCACGACGAAAAUGGGUCAUGGAAAUAGCAAGGCUUAUACCGAAGCUAUAAAAAAGCUCAGCUCGUUGGAAUUAAGUAAUAUUGUGGCCGUUUUUAACGAACUUUCCACAGAACACCAAGAUGGAACUCGGGCAAUACCUGAACCCAACAUGGCAACUAGACGUGUAUUUGCUGAUAGGUUUUCCCUCCCAGGGCUAAUAGGGGAGAGAUUAUUCCACGCUUUCGAUAGAGACAACAGUGGUGCAAUAAAUCUCGAGGAAUUUGUUGGCGGUGUUGCCCUGUGCUUACAUGGUUCAGCUCAAGCUAAAUGUGAACUUCUUUUUAAGGUAUUCAACUUUAGUGAUGAUGACAAUGCAGUUACCGAAGAUGAACUUAAGACAAUUUUACUCAGUUCACUUCAGUCAGCCAGUGUGAUCUUAGACAGUGUUGGUGAAGUAGAAACAUCUGAUACUGAGAAUUGUACUGAAAUAUCAUUAAUGGAUACUGUGGCUAAAAUAGUUCAAAAUGCAUUCAAAACAUCAAAUAAGUCAAAAAGUGGAAAGCUUUCUGCAAAAGAGUUUAGUAAUUGGCUUCAUAAAAAUCCUCAGAUAAUGGAUAAUGUAUUUGGUUGGCAAUGUCCCAAACCUGAGCUUGGUAAAUGGACAAAUGAGACAGGUCAGGAAAGUUACAAUGCCUUGCAAGAUUUAUUUAAUGGAGAAACUACGUCUUCAGGAGAUGCCUUUUUCAAUGCCUUGGCAAAUAAGAUUGAUAAAAACAGUGGUGAGAAAGAUCAGAAGAAAUCUACAAGCUCUUCAUCUGCACCAUUAUCACUUAAACACGAAGAUGAAACAACUGAUCCCUUUGUGUCCCAACAUGAAAACCUCUCAACUACAGCUUCAGAAAAUAAAGAUGUGAACACACCUUCAUCAGUUAAAACAAAACCUCGCCUUUCAGAGAGCGAAGAACCGUUCAUUGAAUUGUAUGAUUAUUAUUCUUCCAUGUGGCUUCCUUCAAAUGAAACUAAUUCUGUACUAGAAGGCAUUCGAAGUGGAACAUUAAACCCAGAAAAUAUGGAACUUCACCCUAUUAAAGUGCCUUCUGUUCAAUUCACUGCAUCUCAAAAUGAUCCUGUGAAAGAACUUCUUUUAAAAUAUCCAGGAGACAGCGAGGCAGCACCGAGAACUGUGUUAACUGAAGAUAUGGUACCCACGGAUACUUCUGGUUUGAAACAGUUAUUGAAAGCUGAGUGUUGGAGAUCAGCUCUUAAUCUAACUGUGAAACUCUUGGAGGAGAACACAAAAGAUGUUUUACUUACUCUCAAAAUCAUGGAGAUAUGGUUUUGCCGAAUUGCGUUGCUGUACGAGUUGAAAAUGUACAGUGCUGCCGACAUAGAACUUGAAGCAUUUGGAAAUUUUGACUCUGCAAUGUUUUUUUAUGAAUAUUAUCCUCAAAUUUAUUCAACAAAACAAGGAUCCAUGGUGCCGUUCUGUUUUCGAAUUUUAGCGGCCAUUUUGCCUCAGUAUCUUGAAAGACCUAAGGAAGCUUUGGAUAAACUCUUUCACGUGCACAACGUUUGUCUUCACGUGUUAAGCGAUCUCUCUUCCAGGUCAUGUGACAGUAAUUCAGAAGAGGGAAAGUCAUUACAAAAAGGAAGAGAUUUAUGGAAAGAAAGGUUAUUAAAAGUUCUUUAUUGUAUCGGCAACACUUUUCUCACAAAAGAGUACGGUCUGGCUGUAUCCAUUUUUAAACAGAUUGCCGAGAGAGAUCCAAGAAAUGUUCGUGCCGUUUUAUCUGGAUUAGGAAGGAUUAGCUUGCAAUCAGGAGACAUCGAGAGCGCCCAGGAGUAUUUUAAACGUGUCGAGGAGACUGGACCCGACAAUGAUGACGUAGCUAAGUCCGAAGUGCACGUGAAUCGUGGUCUUCUCGCUUUGACCCUCGACGCGUAUGAAGAAUCGUACAAACAUUUUAUUGCUGCGAAAAAUUUAUGUCCCUCUAACGUUGUUGCGAUAAACAAUGCUGCAGUUAGUUUACUGUUUCAGGGACGAAGAAAGGAAGCUCUACAGUUGCUUGAAGGUGUCGUGUUUGAAAAUCCCGAGAAAAAUUUAAUUAAAGGAAUCCUGUUUAACAUCGGUAAAAUGUACGAUCUUGAAAAUUCGCGUAAUCUGCAUCAAAAACAAAAACUCCUUGAGUUGAUUGGCCAACAUCGAGGAGAUGGCUUUGACGUGUCGUGUUUGAGUUUCCCUAAGCUUGAAUAAUGUCUUUCUUGAUCGUAAGAAACAAAAAAAGUGAGUUGUAAUAUUCUCAUAAACUUUUUUUUACUAAUAAAAGUCUUUUUGUGA